AUGGAGGAUUUUGAGAUAGUUCGCACUGAUGGCGAAAUUUUAAAGCAAACAGAAACUAUACUGGAAAAGCUAAAGCAGGAAUAGGAAGUUCAAAAGAAGAAUAUGACUUAAGAGAUGUGUGUGCUUAUAGAAGAAAUGGACAGUUUGCUGAAGGAUAAGAGCGACUAAGAGAGAAACUAUAAUGCCACUAAACGUAAGAUGGAGAAGAGACUUAUUGAUUGCUAAGAAAUCAUUGAUACCUUACAAAAGGAUCUCAAAGCUAGCGAGAGGUAACUUUAAAAAGCUAGAGGAGAUCUAAGAUGUGCUUAGGACAAAUGUAAAUAAGUAGAGGAUAAAUACACAGAAUUACAAUAGAACAUCGAAAAUAGCAAAAAGGAAAGCUUGCAACUCACUAAAAAAAUUAAUGAGCUAAACUAGCUCGUAGAAUAAAAAAAUAAAAAAAAUACUGAACUAGAAAAGCUCUACACCGAGGAGCGCAACAAGAAUGAUGUAAACUCCUACUUAAAGGACUACGUUGAAUUCUUAGAAAGUGAAAUACAACUUGAAAAGAAACGCAAAGAAUCUAUUGAAUUUAAAGAUAAAGUUAUUUAGUAGCUCAACUAAGAUCAUGCUGCUGUUGUAGCUGAGUUGAAUGAAAAGAUAGCUGAAUAACUUAAGGAAAUAGAGUCUCUUAAAGUUACCAUCUAAAAGAAGGAUCAGACUAUAAUUGAGGAUUUGUCUACAAUAAUGAAGUAGCAGAUUAAAAUCAAUAUCCUAAAUGGUUCAUUGAGUAAACCAAGUUAGCUAGCUAUCUGCUAAACUGACUCUAAUCUAAAUCACUCAACUAAUUCUUCUGAAAUUAGUGAUUAACAAAGCGAAGUAGAGCAAGCCGCUGAAGAAAAAGAUCCUAACGUAGAUGAGGAAGAAAGCAUCAGCUCCCAACCAUAUGUUUUACCUUCCAAAAAACUUGUUCUUAUCAAUGAUCCCUCAAGUGCUACUAACUUCAUUUCAUGCAUGACAGGUCUAGAAGACUAGAACCAAAAGCUGAAAAAAGAAAUAGAGAGCUGGGAGAAGCUCUUCAAGACAAUUGAUAUUGAUACUUACUUAAUCUAAAUAGAAAACCAAGUAGAUGAACUCCACAAGAAGAAUAUCUACGAAAGCAGAAACUCAAUUUUAAAGAAACAGCUAGAACUUACCCUUAGAGGUAUAAGAUAAUUAUGUGAUUACCACUAUAUUGACAUGGAGUAUAAAAUUUGA